AUGGCAUCUCGAAAGAAGGGGCUUUCUCUAGAAGAGAAGCGUGCGAAAAUGCUAGAGCUAUUUUACGAGAGCCAGGAAUUCUUCCAAAUGAAGGAGCUGGAGAAGAUCGCACCGAAACAAAAAGGUGUAAUAGCUCAGUCGGUGAAGGAAGUCACUCAAUCGUUGGUCGAUGAUGGUCUCGUGGAAUGCGAGAAAAUAGGCACUUUUGUCUGCUACUGGGCAUUUCCGUCGAAAGCGUUACAAACUAGAAAGCGCAAGCUAAAAGAUCUCGAGGAGUCGGUUCGCGACUUGGAGGCGAAGAUCAAAGAUGGCACAGCACAGCUGAAGGAACUGAGAAAAGGAAAAGAG